GUUUCUCAGCUGGUGGGGGUCGUGUCAGUGUCAGGCAGGGAGGCGGACCGCUGAGCUCUAAGUGCCGACGCUCCAUCGCAGUGUUGCUCAGGCGUCGGUGCCUGCGCUCGCGCCGCCGGGUGGAAAGGAUGAAGCUGCAGCUGGAGCAGCCACCCUAUGAUUGGCUGUGGCGCUUGUGAACCCGAAGUAAAGAUGGCGGGCGGGCAGGCAGCCGCCGCACUGCCCACUUGGAAGAUGGCGGCACGCCGCAGCCUCAGCGCCCGCGGCCGGGGGUUCCUGCAGGCGGCGGCGGGGCGCUUGCUGCUGCUGCUGCUGCUGAGCUGCUGCUGCGGCGCGGGCGGCUGCGCGGCGGCGGGCGAGACCGAGGAGACCGUGAUCAUCGGGUUGCGGCUGGAGGACACGAACGACGUGUCAUUCAUGGAAGGGGGGGCGCUGCGGGUGAGCGAGCGGACCCGGGUCAAGCUGCGGGUGUAUGGGCAGAACAUCAACAACGAGACGUGGUCCCGCAUCGCUUUCACCGAGGAAGAGCGGCAGCGCCACAGCCCUGGCGAGCGCGGGCUCGGAGGCGCCGCGCCGCCAGAGCCGGACAGCGGUCCCCAGCGCUGCGGCAUCCGCACUUCAGACAUCAUCAUCCAGCCCUACAUCGUUCUCAACCGCCGCACCUCGGGCAUCAUUGAGAUCGAGAUCAAACCGCUGCGCAAGAUGGAGAAGAGCAAGUCCUAUUACCUGUGCACGUCGCUGUCCACGCCAGCGCUGGGCACCGGCGGCCCGGGGUCCGUGGGUGGCACGGUCGGGGGCAAGGGCGGCCCGGGGGUGGCCGGGCUUCCGCCGCCCCCCUGGGCCGAGACCACCUGGAUUUACCACGACGGCGAGGACACCAAGAUGAUCGUGGGCGAGGAGAGGAAGUCCUUGCUGCCCUUCUGGCUGCAGGUGAUCUUUAUUUCGCUGCUUCUGUGCCUGUCGGGCAUGUUCAGCGGCCUUAACCUGGGGCUCAUGGCCUUGGACCCUAUGGAGCUGCGCAUCGUGCAGAACUGCGGCACCGAGAAGGAGAAGAAUUACGCCAAGCGCAUCGAGCCCGUGCGCAGGCAGGGCAACUACCUGCUGUGCUCGCUGCUGCUGGGCAACGUGCUGGUCAACACCACGCUCACCAUCCUGCUCGACGACAUCGCCGGCUCAGGCCUCGUGGCGGUGGUGGUCUCCACCAUCGGCAUCGUCAUCUUCGGGGAAAUCGUGCCGCAGGCCAUCUGCUCCCGGCAUGGCCUGGCAGUAGGGGCCAACACCAUUUUCCUCACCAAGUUCUUCAUGAUGAUGACCUUCCCUGCUUCUUACCCGGUUAGCAAGCUGCUGGACUGCGUCCUGGGCCAGGAGAUAGGCACCGUCUAUAACCGGGAAAAGCUGCUGGAGAUGCUCCGGGUCACCGACCCCUACAACGACCUCGUUAAGGAGGAGCUGAACAUCAUCCAAGGGGCUCUGGAGCUCCGCACCAAGACAGUGGAGGACGUGAUGACUCCCCUCCGAGACUGUUUCAUGAUCACCGGGGAAGCCAUCCUGGACUUCAAUACCAUGUCGGAGAUCAUGGAGAGCGGCUACACUCGCAUUCCAGUAUUUGAGGGAGAGCGCUCCAACAUUGUGGACCUCCUCUUUGUCAAAGACUUGGCUUUCGUGGAUCCAGAUGACUGUACUCCCCUGAAAACCAUCACUAAAUUUUAUAACCACCCCUUGCAUUUUGUUUUCAAUGACACCAAGUUGGACGCUAUGCUGGAAGAAUUUAAGAAAGGUAAAUCUCACCUGGCUAUUGUGCAGCGAGUAAACAAUGAGGGAGAAGGGGAUCCAUUUUAUGAAGUUCUGGGAAUUGUCACGUUAGAAGAUGUGAUUGAAGAAAUCAUCAAAUCUGAGAUUCUAGAUGAAACAGAUUUAUACACCGAUAACAGAACGAAAAAGAAAGUGGCCCAUCGUGAAAGAAAGCAAGAUUUUUCUGCCUUUAAGCAGACAGACAGCGAGAUGAAGGUUAAAAUAUCACCACAGCUUCUCUUGGCCAUGCACCGUUUCCUAGCAACAGAAGUAGAAGCAUUUAGCCCAUCCCAGAUGUCAGAGAAGAUCCUUCUAAGGCUGCUAAAGCACCCCAAUGUCAUCCAGGAACUGAAGUAUGAUGAGAAGAACAAGAAAGCCCCAGAAUACUACCUCUACCAGCGAAACAAACCUGUAGACUACUUCGUUCUCAUUUUGCAGGGGAAAGUGGAAGUAGAAGCUGGGAAAGAAGGUAUGAAGUUUGAAGCCAGUGCUUUUUCUUACUAUGGUGUAAUGGCCCUUACAGCCUCUCCAGUUCCUUUGUCCCUGUCUCGUACCUUUGUUGUCAGCAGAACAGAGUUGUUAGCAGCAGGUUCUCCAGGUGAAAACAAGUCCCCUCCACGCCCAUGUGGCUUGAAUCAUUCAGACUCUCUCAGUCGAAGUGACCGGAUUGAUGCAGUAACACCGACGCUGGGGAGCAGCAGUAAUCAGCUCAGCUCUUCAUUCCUCCAAGUCUACAUCCCCGAUUACUCAGUGCGAGCCCUUUCUGAUCUUCAGUUCGUUAAGAUCUCAAGACAGCAAUACCAAAAUGCCUUGAUGGCAUCCCGGAUGGACAAAACUCCUCAGUCUUCAGACAGUGAAAACACUAAAAUUGAAUUGACUCUUACGGACCUGCACGACGGUUUGCCAGAUGAGACGGCCAACCUGCUCAAUGAACAGAACUGUGUGACUCACAACAAGGCCAAUCACAGCCUGCACAACGAAGGCGCCAUCUAGGGUGGCCCCCCGUCGGCCCUCACCCCGGCCACUCCCGAGACCCCGGGCCAGGCUGUGCUCAGCCUUGGCCUCCAUCUGACCGUGAAUCCCAUUAGUGUGAGCUUGUGUGCCACGCUGCAUCCUGCAACAUCCUGAGACCAAAGACUUUGUCCCCUUCCUGGAAACAGCAGAGAAGGACAGUGAGGGUAGGAAUGGAGACUGGAGAUAGGGAAUCGACAGCUAGGGUGUGGCACUUGAGAUUCUGGAGGCAAACUUCUGCCCUAAUAGAAUCAUGUUUAUUUUUUCAGUUGUACCUUUUAGCAUUACUCAUGCUCCUCCUCCCUUGAUUUGCAUGAAGUUGAAAAUUGUUGCAAUUUAUUUUUUUUCAAGAGAUAAUGUUUUCGAAAAGUGUCUUUUAAAACAGUCUUAAAACAGCAGAGUUUUAAGUUGUCCUGUCUGAACUCUGCUGUGCCCCCCUGAUGUGACCCUAAUAGGCUGGAUUUGCCCCUCCAGUGACCUUCCCCGGGGGGCCCCCUUCCUCUGUGCCCCAGGGGGUGUCACUGUUGAACUUGAAGGAUGAAUGAAGCAAGCCGGCUGACGCAGACCUGCGAGUCUGUGGGCACUGCGGGGUGGAGCCUGCACAGGGACCUGCAGUUGCCUCUCUGAGCUCAUUGUUUUAAGUUAAUGUUUAGCCGUGUCCCUUUCCCUCAGACAGGUUUAACAUUUGCUUGGAAUGUGAUUUUUCUCCCACACUAAGGAAUUCUUAUCACCAAGAUGAAUGUUAAUGACUUUUAAACCCCUGGUUUAUCAUUGGCAAGAGGCAAGGUGACUUCAUCCCGACAUUCCUUCAGCCUGGGACUCUGGUGCAGCCAGGCCUCUCCCCUGCCCCAGCGCCCCAGCUUACGGAGCGCUGUCACCCACCUCCCCAUCCUUGUUCUUGUUAACCCAAGAUGCUGCUACACAAAUGCCAAAUGGAAAUCUUCCACAGGGCUUUUGAGUAAACACGUGGUGUGGAGGUCAGGCCCCUCCCCUGCCCACCGAGCCAUAAGUAGCUGUCAGAGGAGCCAGUCCUUCCAGCUGUGCUCUGUGCUCCACCAAGAAGGCAUGUCUAGACCCAUGUGUUUGAAGGAGGUAACUCUGGGACUGGCAGCCCCUGCCUCUUCUUCCAGGGGGCCAGUUCUGUCCCUCUUCUCCUGUCCUUGGGUCUGUGAGACCCAGCAGUGGCUGUAUCCCCACUCGAGGACCUCUGCCUCCCGCCUCAGAUGCGGCUCAAGCCAGAGGCUGCCUGUACAGCCAGGGUCAGCUUGGCCCCAAACAGGGAUUCAGAAACCAAAUGUGUGUUGUGGCCAUUUAAUGUGUGUCUGUCUUAUUUUAAUACCAGUUUCAUCACAUGUAGUGAAAUUAAUGUCAGGAGGUAUUUCUUGAGUGAGUGAACUCUUAACUAUCUUAUCUGUGUGCUAAGUGUCAGCCCAAGGGGUCUGUGCAUUCUGUUAGCAACAUUUGUACCCUGAAAUGAAUUCAUACCGCAGUUUUCAUAUAGAAUUGUUGGUCCACGUUGCAACCUGCCACUAGCCAAGAAGAUAUUCUCUCUAUUGGGUCUCACUGAAUGAAGGGAAGCCUUGGGCCAAACCACGGCUUUCUUCUCCCUCAUCAAGGUAGUACAGUGCAUGCCAGGCUGGGUGCUGUAGCUGGGGAGUAACAGCAGCAGUCUGGCCUUGCCCCCAGGGAGCAGUCUGAAGGCUCUGGUGUCACCUGCGUGCUCAGCACAGUAUUUCCUCUGGGUCGUCGGUCCUGGAGUGUCUUCCUCUGAAGGUGCCAUACCCCUCAGUGAGGGAAGUCCUGGCCUCACCUGGUAGAUGGUCACAGGGGUGCCCCCUAAGGGGGCUGAGGGGCCUGCUGCCAUGGGUUGAAGCCCCCCACUGUGGUGCAUGGUGUUAGUGGGACCCUGCACUGUGAGUAUUCCCUUUUAUUUAACAGAUCCAUUCAAGUUAAAAGGUCUUUUUCUUAAGAUGCAUCUACCUGGGCACAACCCCUGUGUGAUGGGAACUAGGACUGUGUGGAGGGUGUGCCCCAUAACAGAGUGAAUCCCUGGGCCUUGCAGGGGGAGAGGCUUCUCCCCCAACCACCAUGGCCCGAUGGCACUUGCCUUCCCUGGUGGAGCCUGGCCUGCCAAGCUGUGGCUGCUCUGGCCUGCGGGACCUUGGCCCUGUCGGCCUUUCCAGCUGACCUCUUCUCCACAUACAGUCCUCCCCCUGUGCCCUGCUACUGGCAGGAGCCUCUGCAAUGAGAGUUAGUGUGUUGGAUCUUUUUCACAGCACCACCGUCCUUUAUGAAUCCUAAAGCUCUGUGGGAGUGGAGAGAGUGUUCAGCUCCUGGCUCCUUGGCUUCAGGGAGAAACAGUUAACUGCUCAAUACUUAACCUAUUCAGUGUGGUGGCUUUUUGAAAAGUCCUUUUUCUAAAGAUGCUGGCAGGCUGGCUUUGUGGUGGGGCUCGAAGAAGAUGAAAUUCUAGCCUCCCAAGUUUGUAUUUAUUUUCUACAAGUCAUUCUUUACCUUUGGUUAGUCAUACUAUUUUAUAACAACAGGGAAUCCAAAAAUAACGUCUGGUCCCUGAAGGAAUGAGGGCUAAAUUUGGCUGUAGUUACAUCUGUCAGGGAAGCUCAAGACUUCAAAUAACCUUCAACCUCUGAACAAUCAGAUUCUCCUUCCAGGCCACACUUUCCCGCUGGAAACUAAACUUCAGGCUGUUGAAGGAGAAAUGCCGGCUUACUGCUUCUCUGGGGCAGCAGCAGAAUGAUUUUGGCUACAGUUUAUGUCUAUAAAGUAAAUGGAAGUCAGGCAGAGAAAGACCAUGAAAUAGCCGAGAUAUUGAUGUGCAUUAGCCAAUUCUUAGCACUAUAGGUGGACUGUCCUCUCUGCUUUGCAAGCGAGUGGGGGAGUCGGCUGUGGGGCAGAUGUAGGUCCUGGGGUCCUGAAUUCUGCAGGAACCCCCAUUGUCAGACUCAGAGCCUCACUGUCCUCAGAGUGGCCUCUGAGGCUGCUUCAGUGAGCCCAGCUCUGGGGGACCAGACAGGGCCUCCUCCUGCCCUUAAGCAACCACUCUGGCAUCCCAAAGGUUCCACCUAGAACUGGAUCUCCAGUAUCCAGAUGUUCCCGGGACAGUCUGCUUUCUCUUUAUAAAUGACAGGGGCUUUUCCCCUACUGCUUGACAAGGUCUCUUUCUCUCUGUUCCAUGUUCACUAGGCAAGUCCAAAAUCAUAUAUUUAAACUCUUAGGGAAACAGGUUCCAAAGAUUCGUACAUGGGUUUUGGGCUAAUCAACUAGCUUAAACCUUGGUUCUCACAAAAUCUGAAAAAUCUGAAUUUGAAUGGACAGCCCAUUUAACUCUGUUCUUCCCUUCCUCCCCACCUCACUUCCAGAAGAGGACUCAGUGGCCAUGCUGACAUGGUUGACUUCCCCAAAUGGGAGGUAGUAGGGCAUCUUGCCAUUUUGUAAAUGUUAUUUCAAGGAACUUUUGUGGAAAUGUUGAAUGUAGAACUUCACUCUGACAUGGAACAUUUAACUGUGAAUCUAUUUACCUGUGCUGCCCCAGUACCAUAUGACUAAAGGACCAGCUUCUCCAAAUCUAGGAAAAUAGUGGUAGAUACAAGUAGAAUUGUUUUCCCUAGGAAAUGAAGCAGUAGGAAUUUGGGCUAAGCACAGGCCAUGAACUUCUGCCCUCAAAUUCUCUGGUUGAGGAGCAGAUCUAGGCCCUGACUGAUUGAGCUUUGUCCUAGCUGGUCAGAAACAAAACCAUAACUCAAUCCUAUCAUCUUCUGGAAGCCAGCCAAGGCUUUGUGGCCAUCUUUGCCUUUCCUGGGCCGGGGACCAAGAGGCUUCUGGUGUUCCCCAGCAGUGGUCCUAGGCAUAGGGCUCACCUGGGUUGGCACAGGAAGGCGCCUGCAUUGUUGCCUAGGAUUCUAAGCAAGCAGUUGCCAGGGAGAGUUUGCUUGGUGCACAUGACCCAACCCGAGCUCCCUGAUGGCAUGGGCAGUGGGAAAAACUUCCCUCUCAGCUUUGAUCCCAGAAAGAUUUUUCUUGCAGGAUGUUAAGGAAAACUCCCAGGCUGAGCUGCCAGUUUAGGGUGUGGAAGCUUCUGAGGUACCAGUGCUCACUUUCUAACUGGGGACACAGGCUCUUGCCCUGGGUCUGGCUUUGUUCCACUCUGGACUCCCGCCUAGUGGUGCUUCUGUCUGGCAAGGUUAUCUGGGUGAGUUGUAGGUUAACUCAGAAUUAGGAGGGAUUUAGAGAGUUCAAUAUGAAAGCAAUUUGGGGAUUCAGUAACUUUUCCAAUGUAAAUUUAUCAAUGAGCAACCUACUCAGUGGAUUUUUAUACCUCAGGGCCAUUUGCAGAUCUUUAUCGUUUCAUACUUUUUUGUAUUCAAGUAGGCCGAUAGGAGAGGGAGUGAAGAAUUCUCACAUGAGGUCCAUUUGCCUCCUUUUGCAGGUGCGUAGUGCACCCGUGAGCUUGCUGGGAUCACUGUCCCUCAAGGCUGACGGUGGCCUUCAUUCUCGAGCAGUCGCAGGCUUUCUGCUGCAGUGAGUGCUUACUCACUGGCUUUUCUUCAGUCUGCUUCUCCCCUGUUGGGAGAACCUGGAGUCACUGGUCAGCCCUGAGGACAGGAGGAGGAGAUGGCAAUUCAUAGCAACGUAGAGCCUGGAGCAGCUUUCCUCCUACCACCUUGGGCCAAGGACCUUUUUUUGUGCUGCUUAGACUUUUGUCGGUGGCUCAGCUCAAGUUAGAUCUCUUUGUGUAUGUGCUGGAGUUGCUGACAUCAUCUCACUGGAAUUGUCUUAAGUAUCUUUUGAUGGGAAAUACCAGGCUGUACUUGAAGCAACAUGAAAAGGUUCUAGCAGUUUGUAUGCUAAGGUUUAUAUAUACACAUCCAACACAUACUAUAAAAAGGACUUGAGUACGUUUUUGUGCUGUAAUACUGGGUAUUAAACACGAACAAAUUGGAAGAAUGGGAGUGUUGUCUUGCCUCCCUUGGUAUCUUCUGGUAUGUGCUCACAUCUGACUAAAUAGAUUCACUUGGGAAUUGAUUCUUUUGGGGCCAGAAUUCUCUUCAGCCUCACCCCAGAGAGAACUAUCAAAUGAACUUGGUGGGGCUUGGGUGUCUGCCCUUUUUGUUGGAGGCCCAGGCUCACUGGGUAUAAACAAAUGGUCAUAGGUUCCCAGAGUAGAAGGGACUGGGGAGGAACAAGGUCCCAGGACUGUCAAUUCCGAGUCCCAAGCCUAGCUUCUGAGUCAUUACUUCCUACAUCUGAAGUCUACUGUGAAGGUAGAGUGUAUCGGUCCCUUGACAUUCUGUUCCUGGAGUCCUUUAAGUCCACAAAUGUAUAUGCUUUAUUUUAUAUUAUUUAUUAUGUACAUACGCCUCUACUGUUAGUACAUUGUCUAUGACUAAGACAAGAUCUGUUUUGGCGCCCCUUAUCUAUGGAGCCUAGGGUUCUGUUGUCCCUUGAAGUGGGUGAGAAGGCAGUUUUGUUUUUGUCUUAAACAGGUUGCUGCUCUUAUGUCGGCCCUAGCAUCCCCCUCCCUUUUAUUGGACCCGCCUCUACUCCCUGGGACCAGUGUUUGGAAGAGGAUGGAGGCAGGUCUCCUGCUUUGUGGCAGGGCCUCUCAAGUACCUCCGUGAAAUACUUUAGAGGUGGUUUCGUAGUGAAUUACUGGGUGUAUUCUCUGUAUAAUGGUAUAGCACAGCUGUGAGACCAGAGCCUCCCUCCCUCCCAAACCAGGUCAGCAGCGUGGCCCCACAAUAGCGAUGGCCUCUAAUUCCCACCUGGAUUGCAGAAUCCGUCUCUCUGGAUCAUGGAAGCCACCUGCCUAUCUGGGCUUCUAAUAUGCCUUUCCUUAGUUCUGAGGCCCAGUGCCAACAUUGCCUUGGCCCUCAAGAUCCUGCUUUGUGUCUGAUUUUCAUCUGUCUUAGCCUUUACUCACUGUAUCAUAGUGUACAUUUCAUGCUUUUCAGUAGUUUUCUGAACACAGUAUUCAGAGCUGUGUACAUAAACCUAAAUAAGCACAAAUGACAUGUGUAAGUUUCAUGAGCUGUCAUAAUGAAUUUUAUAAUUCAAAUGAUGAUGUAGAUUUGCAAUCUUUCCUAUUUAUUUUGUACCAAUUUAUUUGUAAAUCUUGUGAUUGUUUUAAAAGGUUUUUGUUCAUUUCUAUUCUAUUUAGAUAAACGAUUUUCUGUUCACCCUUCUAACAGAUGUGUGUUCCCUCUUUCCCCUAUGCAACACCAACUUCGGUCCCCUGCCUACUUCCAUGGCUUUACUGGUGGGAAAUCUGGGACUGUCAGCAUGGCAGUAAGCAGGGUGUCUCCUUUGACAUGCAUGCACCACACAGUCUUACAUUGAGAGAGACGUGGGUGCUCACACUGUGCCUCCAGCUUACAGCCUGGUACAGCCAAUUCCAGGGGCAUGCUCUCCUCUGCAAGGAUCGUGGUCUGUGCCCCAUGAGUUCAUUCUCAGUAAGGAAAUGUACUACCACUGAAUUGCCCCCAGACAUUUGCUGCUCAGUCAUGUGUACACAGGUCAGCUGGCCAAAUGUCUUUUUCUAGGCAAGACCAAAGGCUUCAUUCAAGCCUCUCAGUUGGCUCUUGAAGAUGAAAAUGGCUCUGCAGAUCCUCUGCUAUUUGAAGCUGAGGAGAAAGGUUGCAGCAGAGACAGUUCACCUUUAAGUUAAAAAUACCAGGCAUGAGUGGUGAGUCAUGUUCAGAUGCUCUUCAGGAUUCAGUGGGUAUCGCAUUCCUGAUCAGCGUGAGGUCCAUGUCCUCUUCUAUCACCACUUCAAGUCUUCUGUUCCUUCUUGCCUAUCCCACUCCUACAGGACCAGACCCUGCAGCAUUUCAGUUGAGGUCCACAGCCCCUCUGUGAGCCAUUCCUAGACCACAUCUUUUUGGAAUCGUUUUUCUCCUCCACUCUUAUAUCUCUAUUUUAUAUUCCAAGGAGGAUCAUGCUCUGAGAAUUGAGCAUCUUGAUUUCUGGUCCCUUAUUUUCCGUUAUUUUGUUUAACUAUGUUGUUUGUGGCUUGUUUUACUUACACUUGUCCUGUGGAUGGAAACAUUUCUGUGAAGACUAAGAUUGGCUUUGAGACAUUGUCUGACCUGACCACCACUCACACCUUCCCAAUCAAUACUCCCAACUUCUUGAAAGUAGGACACAGUAGAUCUGUAUUCCAGCAAAAUGUUACCUUCUUGAGAGCCUAGCUGGUUUCCUUAGAAGCAAAGCAGAAAGCAGCAAGCGAGGAUGGGGAAGGGACACUCUCCAGCACAUCAUUUCCCCUGCUGCUUUGCCUAGUUUUUCCUGCUUCCCUCACUUUGUCUAGAUAAGCCCUGAGCUCAACUCAGGAAAUAGAGGUUUUUCUCCUGCUCAGAUGAGAUUUACCUAAGUUUUUCCUCUGCAUCAGUGGGGUGCCCACGCUCAUUUCUAAGCCUUACGAGGUCUGGGGUUUCUAUUUCCUGUAAGAAAUUGUCUCCCAGUGCCUCUUCUCAACUCAGCAAUUCUGAGGAUACAGAUAGUGAUCAGUCUUGUAGAGAAACUGAAUGACCUUCCAUAGCCUGGAGUUUAUUUCUGAACUUUAUACUUUUUGAAGGUAGUUUAACAAAGAGAUAAGCCAAAAGGUUGGAUUAUACUGGAUGGCUUAUAAACUCUUCUCCUUUCUUCGUAUGAUUCAUUAUCCUUCCAAGGUCCUCACAUCUGUGCUCUUCGGUAAGUCCCAGAACAAGGGAAUUAUUGUGAGCCAUCUCCUCUGGUAGAUAGUUUUAAGGCCUAAGCAUGCAAGAGGAAAUCAGUUGCCAGAAUUGUUGUCAAAGUGCUUUUCCAGUUAAGGUAUUAGUGACUGUGAGGUACUCCAACAGUAGGCUAAGACAUGACUGAGCAAGCUUCCCUACCACAAUUCUGCUACAUUGACUUGAGGGUAUAGGUCCAAAAAUGAAGUUGAUUUCAAAAUACCCAUACCCACAAGGCAAAGAUUACUUCUGGUGAGAACCCUCUCUCUAAAAAGACUGGCUAUUUAAUAAACAUUUUUCAGUGUUGGGAAGGUUUGCUUGGCAAAUCCUCUAAAGUAUCUCAGGGCCUUGUGAGACUUGGACUCCUGCUUUCAUAAGAAGAACGUGCACUUAGCAUGUUGAGUUCCAAUCAGUGUGGUGAGGUUUAUCUUGGCUCAGAUGCUUCAUCCUCGACUACAGCCCUGGCCAGACUGGCUUUGGGAAGAGCUCAGUGGGAGAGAAGAGCAUCUGGGAACGUAUUUGUACCUAACUUGAUUGAUGAAGCAAUUUGAUUCACCUUUUUUCCAGUAAUACAAUGGAGAAAAGAUUUAUCUUAUUUUGUGGGAAGAAACACAAAAAGACCAGACUAAAAAACUGGUCAUUUUGUUUUAAAUUGGAAAAUAUAGAAUACUUACACUUGCAGGACCAGAGUCAGCAAGCUUGAGACAAAAUGUGUUCAUUUGGGAGUCCUGUUUUGUGUUAAAGCUCUUCAGAGGAACUUAACUGUACUUAUAUAUUUCAAACUAUAUCCCUUUGUUGGAACAAGUCAGAUCAUUGUAGCCUUGGGAUGAAGACACUGGGUCAGAGGAUGGAAAAAUGGCUGAGAUCGCCAGGUUACAUAGAAAAGCUGGUUUGUUCAUUUUGUAAACCACUGCAUUCUUUUAGAUGACUUGCUUUCUGCUGUUCCUACAUACUCAGCAGUGAGAGCAGUUGGAGCCCCUUUCCACUGUUAGUGGAGGUACAGGAUGGGAUGGCGUGGGUCACCAGAAGCCGCCUGGUUGCCGUGUGUUUGCAUGUCCUCCCAGCUCUUUGGUGGUAGUGUACCACUUUUCCUUUAUUUUCAAGGCUACUUAGGUAGAAAUUUCAUUCUAGGGCCUCACAAAGUUGUGUAUGGUUUGACAUUGUUCCCUUUGAGGAAAAACUUUAAGAGUUCUUUGCUCUGUAGUUAACCAAUAAAGAAUGUCAUGAGAUAAACUACUAAACCAAGUGAGGAAUCAGGCCGCUAACUGUGUGGCUAGAUCAUAGCUACCAUUUUUCCCACCAUCAAAGAAAGGUUAAAUAGUUUCCAUAACAUGGAAUGUGGACAAGGCUCCUACCAUUAAAGCAGAUUUAGAUAUGCAGUUGUUGUCUCAAGCUAUUUGCAGUGAAUAAACAGGGUAUUUUUAAAUGCUCCUGCAGCCUUGCAAAAAUUGCAGGACUUUAAGGUUAUUGACAAAAUAUUUUUUAAGUAAAUAAAUCUGAUUUUAGAAAUAACUAAACAUGGACAAAGCACUUUCAAAUCUGACAUGUCACAAGUGGCUUUUUUAAGUGGCUGCUUAAAAAAAAAUACUAAUGUGACUAAAGGACUUGUAGCACAAAGUCAUUCUAGUCUUAUUAAGAACCACUUCUUAAAGUACCUUAGGGUAGCUUGAAGGGCUUGCUUUCUCAAUGUUAGUCUCAGUACAGUAUGAUUAUAAUGGGAGAAGAUCUUCAAAGAGCCAUCUUCUCAGUCUAAUGCCUCAGGUUAAAAAAAUAAAUUGCACAUUUAAGUUCAACUUCCUUAAGUAAUGGCAGCAGAGAAAAACUCAUGUUUUAACAAGCCCAAAUACAGGUGCCCUAAGUGCCUACCCAUGGACUACUUACUCCCCAGAACACUUCUAACGGGAGCAAUAUUCAGAGGCAACGCUCGGCUCUGGGUCUUAGGCUCUUAUGGAAUCCUUACUUAUCCUAAUUGCAUGCUUUUCUCAGUCUUUGGACUCACUGCAGGAGAGAGAAAUGGCUAGAAAAUUCUUACGUAGUAAGACCUUACAUAGAUAACACAAUACUAAAGUGUGCUGAAUUUAAGUAGUCAUGUUGGUCCUUGCUCUACAAAGGAAAAUAUAUAAAGUAUGAUUAUAGUAAGUUAGUUCUGUAGUUACAGUAAGUCACUUAGAAAUUAUUAGGCUUUGAGAAAAUUUAAGACGGUGAAACCGGGCUUCAUCUCCACCUUGAAUUCGAGAACAAUACCUGGGGUGACCACAAACACACACUCUAAAUUUUAGAACAGGGAUAGUAUCUAAUUGCUAUUUGCAAUAGCAUUCCUAAUCUGAUACUUAGAAGUAGCAUAUAUUUCUGGUACACUAGUUCAAAUGUGUGUUUCUUGAUGUGACUAUUAGAAAGCCAUAUAUAGUGGAAGUGGCAAGGUAAUAUGGCUAAGUUACUGAGCUGUGUACCUUACCUAUUAAAAAAAAAAACCUCACCUCAGUCUAUACCAAAAACAUUCCUAUGAAAAAGAGUCCUAUUUAACUGUUAC